GCGACUCGUCCGCUGCUCUCUGCCAUCCAGUCCAGUCCAGUCCAGCUCAGUCCAUUCUCCGGUCCACGGAUCUUCGGUCGCCGGCCCUCCAUUCUCAUUUUGGGUUACGUCCCGUUCGGUUCGCCAACUGCGUCGCGCAAAAAAUUGCGUUUAAUUAAAGUAUAAAGGCCAGCGAGCUCCUCAAUUACAGCCGCCCGUGGGAUGAGUCGCCACAGCUACAGCCCCAGUCAGCUGAAGCUAGCGAUGCCCUCGGUCCAUGGCACACCAGCUCCUGGUCCGCCGAAGUCCGCGCACCUCGCAUCCACCAAGGAUCGCGGCGUUAAGCUUGGUUUAGGAGUCAAUCAGCGGACGGGUCGAGUGCAAUGGUGUCCGGGACUAACCUGUUGCAAACUGUUCUUGUUGCUUCCAGUGGUGAUGCUGCCAUUGACCCUGGUCCUCAUCCUGAUCAUGCGCCUGGACGGGAUGCUAGCGGCGCUGCAGCUUAGUGAACAGCGGAUGCGAGAUCGGCGGGAGUCCUCAGUGCCCGUCUAUGCCAGCGACUUCGAACCGGCGAUGCAGGAGGGCAGCACCUACAACGAACUACUCCAGGAGGAGUUCCUCGUCCCGCAGACCAAGCAAACCCAGCUAGAGCUUAUGGCCGCGGAACGUGCGCGAAGGUGUCAGUCAUUCAGAUAUGGUCAGGCAGAGACCAUGGACCUGGAGGAGCGCAGCACCCUUAUGAAGGAUUCGCGUACCUCCUUUCUUCCUCAGGGAAUUCCCCGUGAAUGUAUUGGCGACGGCAUCAACCUAGAUAUCAAGCCAUUGGAGGGCGACCUGUACCAGCGCCAGAAGAAGCGAUACCAGGACAAGGCGCUCUACUGGCUGGAGCGGAGUAAGCAGAGGGAGCGUCGCGAGGCUGAGCGCCAGUCAGACGAGGGUCCUUCAGAACAGAUCAACGAGGCACUUGCCUCCCUGCAGAGCUUCUGGAACGAGGAGGGCACACGGGAGGGCAUCCGUCUGGCCCAGGCCAAGACCAUGCAGCGCUACAUGGACACCAAGGUAGAUCCAUGCGUGGACUUUUACAAGUACGCCUGCGGAAACUGGGAGAAACUGCAUCCGAUUCCCAAGGACAAGGCCGGCUUUGACACAUUUGAGAUGUUGCGCGAAAGCCUGGACCUAGUGUUGCGUAAUCUCCUCGAGAAAAAUGAGCCAAUGCACGCGUCUGUGUCGGAGCACCGGAAGAAUCAGGUCCGGAACACGCUCUUCAAGCUCAACGAGCAGGGGGAGGUGGAAGAGGAGGCAGCUGGCGAGGUGGGAUCGGACCAAGAAACCGCCUUGGUGGCGGAUCGUUUGCGGCGGCACAUCGUCAGCCGACGGCGUCUGCUUAAUCAGGUCCUGAUCAGAUACAAGCGAUUCUCCAAUAAUGCAAAGACGAAGCAUCUGAUCGACACCCGCGACAAAACCAAGGAGGAGGAGAUGGCCCAGCAGGCCCGACAAAGGGAUAGAUCCGAUCCGGAGGAGCAGCUAUCCACUGGCAACGAGCACGAUGCCCAAAUGAAGGCCAAGAAUCUUUACCGUUCCUGUGUGAAUAGCGAUGUCCUGUCCCAGCGUGGUCUGGAGCCGCUGCACACUCUCAUCCGGGACUUGGGCGGCUGGCCUGUGCUCGACCCCGACUGGAGUGACUCAAACUUCAACUGGCAGGUCCUGGCCGCCACUCUGCGGCGCUACAACAACGACAUCCUCAUCGUUCAGUGGGUGGGGGCGGAUAUCAAGAACUCCGAGGAGAACAUCGUGCAGUUCGACCAAACGGGUCUGGGUCUGCCCACCCGAGAAUACUUCCUGCAGUCGACCAAUAACAAGUAUCUACUCGCCUACCAGCGCUACAUGAGCGAAGUGAUGCACAAGAUGGGUGCCAGCAAGUCGGAUGCCCAAAGGGUGGCCCAAGAGCUGGUCUACUUCGAGACGCAGCUGGCGGGGAUUACGGCGCCUGCAGAGCAGCGUCUGAACGUCACCAAGCUCUAUAAACGGAUGACUCUCGACCAGCUGCAAUCGUUGGUGCCAGAAAUCGAGUGGAGGGCCUAUCUCCAGAGCCUCCAGGAUCGCGAGGUGAGCGGAUCCGAGGAGGUGGUCAUCUACGCGGUGGAGUACAUGAGCAAGCUGGUCACCCUGAUCCAGGAGACGGAGCCGCGGAUGGUGGCCAACUAUAUGAUGUGGCGGUUUGUACGCCAUCGAAUCAACAAUGUAGACGAUCGGUUCGACGACAUCAAGCAGAGCUUCUACCACGCUCUGUUCGGAAGGGAAGAGAGUCCGCAGCGGUGGAAGGUUUGCAUCGCCCAGGUGAACACCAACAUGGGCAUGGCGGUGGGCUCGAUGUUCGUCAGUCGGUACUUCGACAACAACAGCAAGCGGGACACGCUGCGGAUGACCCACGACCUGCAGCAGGCCUUCCGAGACAUCCUGAAGACCACCGACUGGUUGGACGCGACCACCAAACAGCUGGCCGAGGAGAAAGUCAACGCCAUGUCCCUGAAAAUCGGCUAUCCUGACUUCAUCCUCAACCCAACUGAGCUGAACAACAAGUAUGCCGGGAUAGAGAUCCACCCGGACAAGUACUUUGAGAACACGCUGAAUGUGCUGCUCCACACGGCCCGAACGGAGCAGGCAAAGUUGCACGAGCGGGUCAACAAGACGAACUGGCAGACAGCUCCUGCCAUCGUUAACGCCUACUACAGCCGUAACAAGAAUCAGAUCAUGUUCCCAGCUGGUAUUCUGCAGCCACCCUUCUACCACCGCCACUUCCCCAAGUCACUGAACUUUGGCGGCAUUGGGGUGGUCAUAGGACAUGAGCUGACCCACGGUUUUGACGACAAGGGCAGGCUUUUCGAUCGGAACGGCAACAUUCACAAGUGGUGGACGGACUCCUCCAUUCGGGGCUUCGAUGAACGGGCCCGGUGCAUCAUUGCCCAGUACAGCAACUACACGGUCGAGGAGGUGGGCAUUGUCCUCAAUGGAGAGAGCACCCAAGGUGAGAACAUAGCCGAUAAUGGGGGGUUGAGACAAGCCUUCCACGCCUACAAACGCUGGCUGAAGGAACAUCCCGAUGAGGUUCAGGACGAGAUGUUGCCCGGGCUGAAUAUGACGGGGCCCCAGCUGUUCUUUCUCAACUUUGGCCAAGUGUGGUGCGGGGCCAUGCGGCCGGAGGCGAUUCGCAACAAGCUGAACACGGCGAUACACAGCCCGGGUCGCUUUCGGGUGAUUGGAACUCUGUCGAACUCCUACGACUUCGCUCGGGAGUUCAGCUGUGCGGAGGGCACACCCAUGAAUCCCGCCAACAAGUGCAGCGUGUGGUAGCUGCAGCCUAAGCCUAAGAGUAUUAUUAAUGAGACAUGCGCCGAGCAGUUCAGACCAGACCAAAGACCGAGGCGUGCCAGCUGCAGUUGCCUUGAGAUGCCGUUGGGGAGAAACUUCUUCAAUUGUCUUUUCAAUAAAAUUGCAAUUGGUGCGUGGCAGAUGGAAUUCUAAAAGGGGUUGGAGUGCAACACCAUAGACCAUACACACAGGCAUAUCACUUAUCCCAUCUCAUCUAUCCAAUAACAUUGCAGUUUUCAAUUGACGGAAUCAGCAGACUGGCUCUAUCCGGAGAUAUAUGCCAAGGAUCAAGUGGGCCAAUAAACCCAUAAACCGCAACAGAUAAUGUGCCAAAAAUUAACUUGCAAAUCUAUAUAUAUUUUUUUAGCUAUUAACUAUUUAUAUUUUUCAUUUGCAAUAGUUUAGUUUUUGAAGCAAUUUUAUGUUUGUGAUAAUUCGAAUUAAAUGUGACACUAUUAAAGAAA